CUCUUUGGGGCGGGCCGGGCCGUUCCAGCCGCUCCCGGAGCGGACGUGACGCGCGGGGCGCUCCGGGGCCGCCCCGCAGCGAUGGAGGCGCGGGAGCCGCUGCGGGACGUGCGCGGGGCGCUGCGGGCGGUGCUGGCGCGGCUGCGAGAGGGUGAGCCGGGCGAGGGCCGAGAGCCGUUCGAGCUGCCGCACUUCUGGGACGCGCUAGGUCAGACAUUCCAAGUAACAUCACAGGAAGCUACAAAGCUGAGUCUGGCAUUCUCAAGACCUCCACUGCCUUCUGCAGAGGAUUGCCUGAAGCUGAGUGAGGAUGUCCAGAAUGCUGUUCUUGCAGUUGCCACUGUGUACUACUGGCUACCCAAGGGCCAAGGUACUACUCUUCGGAAGAUGGUUCGAGAUGCUACCACUGAAGUAGUGGAAGGAAUGAUCCAACUCACAGACACAAUUCUCAAUGCCCCAGUGGAGAGCUUGUCUCAGGAACAGCUGAUAUCAACUGGAGGAGUGUGGGAGGCCUGUGAGCAAGUGUCUAACCUGCCACGAGAUAACCAGGCAGCAGUUGUGUCAGCUCUGGCUUCGUGUCUGGGUGUGGUCAAGGAUGCUGUGGAGGAGAUGGAAAAUGCACUGGUGGAAGGGCAGGAUCCCUAUGGGGACAUCAUGGAAGAUGAAGAGCUGGGCUUUCGGGGCAACAGAGACACUUACUGGUCAGAGGCUGACCGGCAGCUGCUCAGCUCCUGCAUGGGAUUGAUGAAGGCUUCUAAAGCCUGCCUGAAGAAGGUCUUGGCUGCAGUGAAGGCCCAUGGCAAAGCUGAUUCUCCAGAGCAGAUUGCACAGCUGGAUGACCUGGCAGACAUUGCUAAUGAGAUCAGCCCAAGUGUUGAUGAGCUGGCACUGAGCAUGUACCCACCUGUGAACCCAUUGGCUGUGCGACUUAAUGCUGCUAAGUUGGCCUCAGUAUUAAAGAAAGUCUUAGAGAUUGCAAAGGCAAGCCAUGUGUGUCCACCAUCGGAGGAAGGCUGGGUGCAGUUUCUAUCUGGUGCAGUAGAUCACAACAUGAACAAAGUCAAGAACUUCACACAGGGUCAGCUUUAGCUCUUCUGUGCCUACGUGUGUUGCUGCCACUGGCUCUGGCAUCUGCAUUUCCAGUGAACUUUGCUGUUCUUCAGCUGCUUGGAGAAUGAUGAGAAGAAUAUAGGAGAGAACUUUACUGCCAUUUGGAAGAGCUUCUCCAGGAGGUUGCCCUCUGCUGUUGCAGAAGGUGUCAUUUUUGCUUGGAUUUUUGGGAUGAUGUGGUGCUGCAUCUCAACGUGCCCCAUUCUUCAGACAUGACAACUACUGUGGGGUUCAGAGAAAAAUAAAAUUUUGCUAGAUUUGCAUUAUUUGCUUUACCUGUCUUCAGAGGGCAAAGGAUAUAUACAGAACCAACAGGGUUUUGCUUCUUUUGCAAGCAGCCCACUGAAUAAUUUUAAAAUAUGCUGCAUUGCUGCUAUUUCCUGUCUAACCUUAGAGAGCAGCGAACAAGCUUUUUCUUUUUCAUUUCCUCAGAAAGCAGCAGAAAAUAUUUUUAUUGCCUUAUUAAUGUCAAGGAUCUGUAGGGGGAAAUAUCUCCCUAUAUAUAUCCCUAGAGACAUGCUAUAUCUGUCAUCACUUUAAAGUUCCAGGAUAUCCUUUACUUUGUCACAGGUAGGGCAAAAGACUCAAGCACUGGUGGGCUCAGCACAGGUGUGGUGAGAACUGCAAAGUCAGCUUGAACAUUGAGCCCAUCUUUGUCACAGUAAGGUUCAACUUCUAAAACUGCAGAGUGGGCAUAGUGGCAGAUGGGAGAGAGUUGAGUUUGUGCAAAUAAUCAAAAUUCAACAUGGUUUUAAAUACAACUUUUAUUAAACUGUCAACACCUAUGCUUGCCUAUGAUCAGGGCACAGAUCAUGGCCACUCUUUUGUAGGUGGGACAGCAGGACCUGUUCUGAGUGGGCCUCAGGCAGCUGCAAUGUUGGUGGUUUUGUAACUCUUCAGGUUCUGGAGCUGGAGGCAGGAGGUUUUCCUUUUGCUGUCUAUGCCCGUGAUGUUGAAGCUCUCACAGAUGCUGUAUUGGCUUCAACUUAUGUACAAGAUACAUGAGAAGAUAACAAGAUAUGUUGAAAGUUCUCUUAGCUGGCUUUUCUUUUUCUCAGUGUGAAAAUCAUCUGCAUUAUCUGUAAAUAAAGGAUGGGAUGCUUGAGGCUUUCA